AUGACGGAACCAAUUGAGUUGAAACCUUCUAAAAAUCCCUCGAUUCAAUGCUCAAUCUGUCUGGAUGUUCUCAUUGAUCCAGUCACCACUCCAUGUGGGCAUAACUUCUGUAAGACCUGCCUGACAAAAUGCUGGGACAGCAGUCAGGACUGCUACUGCCCACUUUGUAAGGAAAACUUCCCAAAGAGACCGAACCUUAAAAUUAAUACAGCACUCAGAGAACUUGCAGAAAGCUAUAGGAGGAAAAAAACCAAAGUGUUUUGUCACACCUGUGCAGAGAAGAAAGUGAAAGCCCUGAAGUCCUGCCUUGAGUGUCAGACAUCUUACUGUGAGACUCACCUGGAGCCUCAUCAAAAAGUUUCCAAUUUAAUGAAACACAAAUUGAUUGACCCUGUGGAGAAUCUGGAGGAUUAUAUAUGUCAGAAACAUGAGAAACCUCUGGAGCUGUUCUGUAGAGAUGAUCAGAUAAGUGUGUGUCUGUCCUGCACUGAGGAAGACCACAACGCUCACAACACUGUUCCUAUAGAGGAGGAGAUUGCAGAGAAGAAGAUUCAGCUGGCGAGGAUACAGAUGGAUGUGCAGCAGAUGAUCCAGGACAGAAAGAAGAACAUUCUAGACAUGAAAGAGUCAAUCACACUCACCAAAGAAAGCCAAACAGAACUACAUCAAGUGAUGGAGAAUCAGAAAGCAGCAGAGAAGCAGGCUGAAGAGCUCAUCAAAGAGCUGGAGCAGGAAAUCACUGAGCUAAAAAGGAGAAACACUGAGCUGGAGCAGCUCUCACACACUGAGGAUCACCUUCACCUCCUAAAGACUGACCCGUCACUGUGCAGCCUUUUAAACACCAGAAACUGGACUGAGAUCAGUAUUAACACUCGUCUGAGCAUGACCACUCUGAGGGAGGCAAUGAGUCAUUUUCAGUCUCUCCAGGAGGUACAUCAGCAUAGGAGUGAAAUAAAUCUUAAGAUGAUGCAGGAGUAUGCAGUGGAUGUGACUCUGGAUCCUGAUACAGCUCAUGCAUGUCUAAUUCUGUCUGAAGAUGGGAAACAAGUGAAAGUGGAUUUGAGUGGCAACAUUGAGCAUGACCUUCCAAACAACCCAGAGAGAUUUGAUUCAUGUCCCAGUGUUCUAGGAAAAGAGGGCUUCAAUUCAGGGAAGUUUUACUUUGAGGUUCAGGUAAAGGGAAAAACUGAUUGGGAUUUAGGAGUGGCCAGAGAAUCCAUUAAGAGAAAAGGCGAGAUUAAACUCAGUCCUCAGAAUGGAUUCUGGACUGUGGGUCUGUGGAAGGGGAAUGAAUAUCAGGCAAGUGCAUCUCCUUCUGUCUCACUUUCUUUGAGAGUGAAGCCCCAGAAGGUGGGGGUGUUUGUGGAUUAUGAGGAGGGUCUGGUCUCUUUUUUUGACGUGGAUUCCAAUUCUCAUAUCUACUCUUUCACUGGUCAGUCUUUCACUGAGAAACUCUAUCCAUAUUUCUAUCCUGGUAAAAACUAUGAGGAUAAAAUACCAUUAAUUGCAUCAUCUGUCAGUCAGAGUGAUUAACUGCAAAUGGAUUCAAUGUCUCAACACUUCUCGAGAGCUUUUUGUACAUAAUUGCAGAAUGUUAUAUUCUAUGUAAUAUCAAAAUACAAAAUUACC